CAUUUUCUAAAGGCCCAGUUUAGCAGGCAGACCGGCGUUGGACGCUGAUGAUUUCUUCUUCAAUUUCCUACCUUCAAACAUCAAAACGUCUUACGCAAUGAGAGGCGACCGGGGCAGGGGCCGUGGUGGCCGAUUUGGCUCUCGCGGGGGACUCGUGCAAGGGUAUCGACCCUUUGUCCCGCACAUCCCCUUUGACUUCUAUGUGUGUGAGAUGGCUUUCCCCAGAGUGAAGCCUGCAGUUGAUGAGACUGCCUUCAGCGAAUGUCUACUGAAGAGAAACCAAGACCUUAGCCCUACACCAGCAGAACAGUCUUCCAUCCUAUCCCUGGUCACCAAGAUCAACAACGUUAUUGACAAUCUCAUCGUCGCCCCUGGCAACUUUGAAGUGCAAAUAGAAGAGGUGCGUCAAGUUGGGUCGUAUAAGAAAGGUACCAUGACGACGGGACACAAUGUGGCUGAUCUGGUGGUCAUUCUUAAGAUCCUUCCCACAUUGGAGGCAGUUGCUGCCUUAGGGAACAAAGUGGUGGAAACCCUUCGCACACAGGACCCCGCUGAAGUCCUCUCCAUGCUGACCAAUGAGACGGGCUUUGAGAUCAGCUCCGCUGAUGCUACAGUGAAGAUCCUCAUCACAACUGUUCCCCCCAAUCUGCGCAAAUUGGACCCUGAACUGCAUUUGGAUAUUAAGGUCUUGCAGAGUGCUUUGGCUGCCAUCCGCCAUGCCCGCUGGUUUGAGGAGAAUGCCUCCCAAUCAACUGUAAAAGUGCUGAUUCGCUUGCUGAAGGAUCUCAGGGUGCGUUUUCCUGGAUUUGAACCCCUCACCCCUUGGAUUUUGGACCUACUGGGUCACUCAGCAGUAAUGAACAACCCAUCCAGGCAACCUCUAUCACUCAAUGUGGCUUACAGACGGUGCCUACAGAUGCUUGCUGCCGGGCUGUUCCUGCCAGGCUCCGUUGGUAUAACAGAUCCCUGUGAGAGUGGAAACUUCCGGGUGCACACUGUCAUGACCCUUGAACAGCAGGAUAUGGUGUGUUUUACAGCUCAGACAUUGGUGAGGGUGCUUUCUCAUGGAGGCUACAGGAAAAUCCUGGGCUUGGAGGGAGAUGCAAGUUAUCUAGCCUCUGAGAUGUCCACCUGGGAUGGCGUGAUUGUGACGCCAUCAGAGAAGGCGUACGAGAAGCCCCCCGAAAGGAAGGAGGAGGACGAUGAGGCGCUGGAGGAGGGAGGAGACGCAGAGGAUGAGAGCAUGGAGACCCAGGAGUGAAGAGGGAGCGUAUGAUCGUGCCCCACCAGGGAGCGUCCAGAUGGUCCUGUGCUAUGUCUGGCCAUAGUUGACCCCAAACAUCUUUUGGAAACAUCUUAACGGACUAUUUGUGCCCAUUAAACAUUUGUUGUUGGCAUCAAAGCAGACCAACCUGCCCUUACCGGGAUAAAGGUUCAGACAAGGACCAUAACUAGUCAAUGGACAUCCAAAGGACACAUUUCAAAACACAUCUGGUGGGGUGGGUAUCAACAUCUCACUUCAUCGUGUUUUAUUUGUUUUGGAUUUCACCCUGUAACAACUGAGAUGCCGAAACAAUUUGUAUUGUUAUUUAGUGAGUUGAUUUGUUUUUUAUAUUUUCAUACACAAUACUGCAAAUGGGAUUGAGACAUUUGAAUAGUACAAUAGGACAACUUAAAAGUUGCUUUUGAAAAUUGUCUGUACCCCGAGUCCACACUGUUUGCUUUGAGUUCUACAAAACCCUCCUCUGUGGUAUGUUCAGGGGAGACUCCCCAUUGGCCGUUACCAGUGACACAAACUUGACCCUCAACUCUGCAAGUGGAAAUGCUAGCCACACUCGCUACAAUAUGAUACAGAUUCAAAAGCAUCACAAGUUUAUUUUUGAUUAAUUCUAAUGUCAUUCAUUCCAUGGAUCUGUUCUUCAUUUGGAGUCUUCUUGAAUAUCCCUCCAGGCCAGUUGUUCAGGAUAUCAUUUAGUAACUCCCCUUUUUAUCUUUCGAGUUUCAGUACAAAAUAUCCCCCCCUCCCCCCAUGUUUAAGCCUUGUAUAAUUGUCUUGAGUAUUUUAGGUUGACUUGAAUAAGUUUUGGUUUCAUAUAGUACAUGUCUGAAAUAAAAAUCAGAUUUUCAUUUCUUCA